UUUCACUUUCCCUUACUUUCGUCUCUCUGUCUCUCUCUCGAGAAGAAGAAGAAGAAGAAGAAGAAGAAGUAAAGAAAAUGGUGUCAGCACGUCUCUUCGUUCUCCUCUGCUUCUUCUUCGUCUUCUCAGUCAUCUUCUCCGUUUCCGAAUCCAAAGCCUUGCAGCCUCACGCCGCCGAGUCUUUCAACGUCAGCCUCAUCCAGAAAUUGAGGAGUAGUUGCGCCUACACAGUGAUCAUCUCGACGAGCUGUUCGUCGUCGAGGUACACGCGCGACCAAAUCAGCGUGGCUUUCGGCGAUGCGUACGGUAACCAGAUAUACGCACCAAGGCUUGACGACCCAUCCACAAAGACUUUCGAGCAAUGUUCAUCCGACACGUUCGAGAUAAACGGACCAUGCACUUACCAAAUCUGCUACGUCUAUCUCUACAGGUCUGGUCCCGAUGGCUGGAUCCCCGAGAGUGUUAAGAUAAACACACAUGGCUCCAAAGCCGUCACCUUCCCUUACAACACUCUAGUCCCCGAGAGUAUAUGGUACGGUUUCAAUUACUGCAACAGCGCCUCCGAUUCUAGUGUCCUAUCCAUUGGUCUUGUCCUUCUUGGGUUUGUUGUCGCCGGUUCAACGUUGCUUUUGUAAAAUGGAUGGUUUGUGUGAACAUAUUAGGACUUAAUGCUGAAUAAAUGUGUAAAAACUGUUGGGUUCUAGAGAUGUCCCUAUUAUCUGUGUAAUCUAUGAUGAUGAAGUUACUACCUGCUAAUUUACAAAGUGUGUAGAUUUGUAAACAUAAUGUAUUCAUUUACUAAGUUUUAUUUUGUUUU